ACCACAUACGGCACACCUAGAGAGCCUUAUUAAUUAUGGAUCCUAGUCGUAGGCAAAUCCAAUACCAAUCCCUCCCUCUUAAUCAUCUAUCAAUCAGCCUUCUCCUGCUAUCCUUCUUCCUUCUUCACCACUCAUCAGCAACGACAGUUGCUGCAACCCCUGCUUCUUCAAUCGUUGAAUCCCAAGCAAGAGUUCUACUCCAUUGGAAAUCCACCCUUCAAAAUUCACACGCCCAACAACUCGGUUCUUGGUCUCUCUCCAACAACAUGUGUAUGUGGCAUGGCAUCACCUGCAUGGAGAAUGGAGGCCGAGCUGUGAUCACGGGCAUCAGCCUACCUCGUGCCGGCUUGGUAGGUAAGCUCGAUGCCCUCAACUUCUCCGCCCUCCCAUCUCUUACUCGUCUCCACCUCCGACGCAACUACUUGUUUGGAACAAUCUCGCCUAGUAUAUGCACGCUUCCCGCUCUCACCUCCCUCGACCUCUCGCAAAAUCGCCUUUCCGGCAAUCUGCCCCUCGCUCUCGCCAGCCUCUCUAACUUGACUGAGAUCGACCUUUCUUCAAACAAAUUCAUUGGUGAGAUGCCUCCCGAGAUUGGCCAGCUCAAGAGUCUACGUGUGCUUUAUUUAUACAGAAACAAUCUCGCUGGUCCGAUCCCUUCGACCCUUGGUAACUUGACUAACCUAAGAUUCCUCGAACUGCACAGAAAUCAGUUCUCUGGUGAUAUUCCCCGUGAACUAGGCAAUCUAGUUAACCUCUUGGAUCUAGCAAUCUCAUACAAUUAUUUAACAGGCUCCAUCCCUUCUAGUUUAGGCAAUCUCAUCAGACUCAAGACCUUGUACCUUGGCAUAAAUAAUUUAUCUGGCACCAUCCCUCAUGAAUUAGGAAACCUAGUGAACUUACGUGAUCUAGAUAUCAUAGAAAAUCAACUAUCGGGCUCCAUCCCUUCCACUUUAGGAAAUCUCACCAUGCUUGACACCUUGUACCUCCACACCAAUCAUUUAUCAGGCUCUUUACCCCAAGAACUGGGUAAUCACACCAGCCUCAUCUCUUUAGAGGUAUAUAAUAACAAUUUCUCUGGUUACUUACCUUCAGAGAUCUGUAAAGGAGGUGCGCUUCAAUAUCUUAUUGUGCAAAACAACUACUUUGAGGGCCCUAUUCCAAGAAGUUUAAAAAAUUGCUCUAGCUUAUUCAGAGUUCGCCUUGAAGGAAACAAGCUUAAAGGAAAUAUCUCCGAAGACUUUGGGAUAUACCCGAAUCUACACUACAUUGACAUGAGCUACAACCAAUUAUAUGGCGAGAUCUCACCAAGUUGGGCACAUUGUCAAAAUUUGACACGCUUCAGUAUUUCAGGAAACCUACUUACUGGUAACAUACCCCCUGAAUUCGAAAAGUUACUUCAGUUAGAAGUCCUAGACCUUUCUUCAAAUCAACUUGCAGGAGAAAUACCAAGAGAGUUGGGUACCAUGAGCUUAUUGUUUCACCUGACUUUGAGUGAUAACAAAAUAUCUGGAAUAAUUCCUUCAGAGUUUGGAAAAUUAUCCAAUCUAGAAAUUUUGGAUUUAUCUAACAACAACAUCAAUAGCCCAAUACCACCACAAUUAGAGGGUUGUAUUAAACUUCGCUUCAUGAAUUUGAGCAAAAAUAAAUUUGAUGGGAUCAUUCCAUCUCAACUUGGAGAAUUAAAAGAAUUGCAAGAUUUACUUGAUCUUAGCCAUAAUUUUUUUGGAGGAGAGAUACCAUCACAACUGGCAAGUUUGACAUAUUUAAUAUCUUUGAACUUGUCCCACAAUAAUUUGUCGGGUGCCAUUCCUUCAUCUUUUGGAAGCAUGUUGAGUUUGUCAUCAAUAGAUGUAUCGUACAACAAUUUGGAGGGCCCAGUUCCGAGAAGCAAAUUGUUUCAAAAUGCUCCAGCAGAGUGGUUUAUCCAUAACAAGGGUUUAUGUAGUGAGGUGUCAAAUUUGUCUUCUUGUGGACCAACUACUGUAAGCACUCAUCAUUCAACUAAAAACCACAUUAUACUCUUUGUUAUCACUCCAAUAUUGGGCAGCUUGGUUCUUUUAGGUUUGUCUACUAUCAUCAUUGCCGUUCUUCGUAGGAGAGGAAAACCUACAGAGAAAAAGGAAACUGAUGUCAUUAUUGGUAAAUUGUUUUCGAUAUUGAAUUUUGAUGGAAGAGUUGCUUAUGACUACAUCAUUAAUGCCUCCGAAAAUUUUGAUGAGAAAUAUUGCAUCGGGAGUGGAGCAUAUGGCAAAGUUUACAAAGUAGAACUUCCAAUGAAACAAGUGGUGGCUGUUAAAAAACUUCAUGCAAUGGAAGAAGGAGUAUUUGAUGAGAAAAGUUUCCAGAACGAGAUUCAAGCAUUAACCAGAAUUCGACAUCGUAACAUUGUAAAACUGCAUGGGUUUUGUUCCAGUUCAGGUUGUAGAUUUCUUAUAAAUGAGUAUAUUGAGAAGGGAAGUUUAGCUAGCAUCCUUCGCAAUCAAGAAACAGCAGAGGAAUUGAAUUGGGAGAGAAGAGCUCAUAUUAUCAAAGAUGUGACCCAUGCUUUAUCAUACAUGCACCAUGAUUGCAAUCCAUCCAUAGUGCAUCGAGACAUCUCCAAUAAUAAUAUAUUAUUAGACUAUGAUUUUAAAGCUUAUCUUUCAGAUUUUGGCACUGCAAGAAUUCUAAAUUCUGAUUUAUCAAAUUGGAGCACAGUAGCAGGCACAUUAGGAUAUACUGCCCCAGAGCUUUCGUACAUGACAAGGGUGAAUGAGAAAUGCGAUGUAUACAGCUUUGGCAUAGUAAUUUUAGAAGUAAUAAUGGGAAGGCAUCCAGGCGAUCUUGUCUCCUCCCUAUCUUCAUCAGAUGUCCAGCAAAUGUUAUUUAUUGAUGUGUUAGAUCAACGUAUCCCACCUCCUGCAGCUUAUAUGGUAAAAGAAGUGUUGUUGCUAGCUAUUAUAGCAUUUUCAUGCAUCCGUAUUAUACCACAAGCACGACCAACCAUGCAAAGGAUAUCUCACUUAUUCAUAAGUGGCAACAUUCCAAAUAUUCACGAGCCAUUAAACUCAAUUAAAUUAUGUCAAUUACUGGAGUGCUUAACAUAGAUGCAGUGCUUAAUAGCUACAAAAAUCUUAUGUAGUUCUUUCCUAUUGCAUGGAACAAGUUAUUGUAACUCUUCUCUAUUGUUGCCUUCUAGAAACACCAUUAUAUAAACCUCCACUCUAUUGUUCCCA